AUUGUAAAGAGGAGACACAUGGCUUUAUGGUGCAUUGAAUGAAAUCAAUGCUGUAAUCACUGGUUUUGUGCUUUUCCGAGAUAACAAUCUGUUGCGUUUUUUUUAUACGCACUGUAAAUAUGCAUACGGAAGGGAUGGAUAAUCAAGUAAAUCAUUUGUUUUGCUUAGUUUGACAUGUAAUCGUGAAAGGCUACUUCAUUGAACAAAAGAAUACAAUCAUAGCGUGUCACAACCCAAGAGAUAAACUAUUAUUUUCAAAUGUUUUAUUAUUCAUCGUUCCCUCGACUCUUUCUGGCUUUGAUUCACCCGUGCACAUCUAUUGUCAUUUACCAGUGUGUAUUUUUCAUUACAUCUAUUGUCAUUUACCAGUGUGUAUUUUUUCAUUACAUCUAUUGUCAUUUACCAGUGUGUAUUUUUUCAUUACAUCUAUUGACAUUUACCAGUGUGUAUUUUUCAUUACAUCUUUUGUCAUUUACCAGUGUGUAUUUUUUCAUUACAUCUAUUGUCAUUUACCAGUGUGUAUUUUUCAUUACAUCUAUUGUCAUUUACCAGUGUAUAUUUUUUCAGUACAUCUAUUGUCAUUUACCAGUGUGUAUUUUUUCAUUACACCUAUUGUCAUUUACCAGUGUGUAUUUUUCAUUACAUCUAUUGUCAUUUACCAGUGUGUAUUUUUUCAUUACAUCUAUUGUCAUUUACAAGUGUGUAUUUUUUCAUUACAUCUAUUGUCAUUUAACAGUGUGUAUUUUUUCAUUACAUCUAUUGUCAUUUACCAGUGUGUAUUUUUCAUUACAUCUAUUGUCAUUUACCAGUGUGUAUUUUUCAUUACAUUUUGCAUCGUUAUGUGAUUUACUUUUGUGCAGUUUAUAGAUAGUCUUUCAUUGUUUUGCGAUUCAACAGUGUGUAUAC